AUGUUUUCUCGAUUAUCGAAAGCUGAAAUAUCAGAAAUAGCAUCAGCAAUAAGCACGUCAAAUCAAAAUGUUUUUAUAUUUUUUACAAUAAUGUUUCGAGGAAUUAGUCAAGCAUUCGCAAGUGUACUGUUUGACAUUACUCAACAAAGAGUUUCACAAAUAUUUCAUGAAACAAUUGAGAAAAUGUCACAUGCAUUUGUACCGAAACAUAUCGGUUCUCAAGUUUUUACAAGACAGAACAUUAUUCGCAAUCAUUCUCCAGAAUGGAUAAAAUUAUUAUUACCAAACGCUGUUGUUAUGAUUGAUUCUACAUAUAUUUAUAUACAAAAAUCAUGGAAUUUCAAUAAUCAAAAGAAAAGCUAUUCUCAGCAUAAAGCAAACAAUUUGAUAAAAAUAAUGGCGGUUAUGUUAUUAGAUGGUAAAUGGUUAGAUAUUUAUGAUCCAUAUUAUUCAAAUGGAUACAACAAUGACGAGUUAAUUUGGAAUGCACUUAGUGAUGAUAGUUUGCAGCAAUUUGAAAGUAAAGGUUUAUCUGAUCAAAAGCAACACCUUCAUAGAACAUUCUUAAGAAAUGACAUGUUUAUUGGUGAUAGAGGUUUCACUCAGUGUAAAAGUAAAUGGAAUUUAUAUACACCUGAUUCUACAGGAUGUCCCAGAAAUCCGUAUGGAAAAAAAAUUUGA